AUGAAAAAUAUCGAAAUUGUGACCCCUUGGCUUGAAGUAGAAGAUUACCCAAAGCUUCUUGGUUCGGCCACGCUCGGAGUUUCUUUGCACACCUCAUCGUCUGGGUGCGAUCUUCCAAUGAAAGUUGUCGACAUGUUUGGCGCCGGCUGCCCAGCUUUUGCUCUCAACUUUCAAGCUAUAACAGAGCUCGUGAAAGACGGCGAAAAUGGAAAGAUCUUCAACUCGUCAGACGAACUUGCAGAACUCAUCCGUGAACAUUUAGUCAAAUCCUCUAGAAUCGAUGAGUACCGUUCGAAUUUAGCGAAGGAGCGAAUUUCAUGGGAGGAUCAUUGGUCAUCUGUUGCCGCAGCUCACUUUUCUUCGUGCACUUCUGAGUAG